GAUUGGUUAAUUACUUUCACAACGUCUAAAUGGAAUUGAGGAAAUGCUCCAUACAAUUAGAAAUUCGGAUCUGAUUUGAAAUAUACAUGAUUCGAAAUGUACACGACUUUGUAUCCACUUGAGCUCCGGCGCUAUUGUUUGAAAGCGAUGCUGGGAAAUGAUAUAAGAGAGUCUCCCCAAAGGAUUUGAUAAUUAUUUUCGUUCACACUACAUUUUUUCAUACCUCAUCAAUACCCUCAGCAUAUAAAAUAUUAGCAAGAUGUCUAUCAGAUACGAAUCAUCCAGCUCUGACGCUUCUCCUCUCGGAAAGCCUCUCAAAUACGAAUUUUCCGGCAAAGUUGCACGAAAUAGAUUUUUGAAGGGGGCCAUGAGUGAACGUCAAUCAUCAUGGGAUCCAAAGGACUUCAAAUCUAGGGGAAUUCCAUUCACAAGCCUUGUCAAUGUCUACAAGAGAUGGGGUGAGGGAGAAUACGGACAGAUCUUGACUGGAAACGUUAUGAUUGAAUAUGAUCAUUUGGAAUCUAUGGGUAACUCAAUCAUUCCACUGGAUGCUCCAUUCGAAGGAGAACGAUUCGAAAGAUUCGCAGCAAUGGCAAAGGCAGGAAAAGCUCAUGGAAGUUUAAUGGUUGCACAAGUCAGCCAUCCUGGACGCCAGGUCGAGAGCAGGAUUCAACCAAAUCCAAUUUCUGCCAGUGAUGUUCAGUUAACAUCUAGCCCCAUGGGAUUGACCUUCAACAAGCCACGUCCAGCGACCCAAGAGGAUAUCAACAGUAUAGUCGACAAGUUCGCCCACGCAGCAGAAUAUCUUGAGAAAGCUGGCUUUGAUGGCAUUCAACUCCACGGUGCCCAUGGUUACCUCCUCGCACAGUUCCUUUCCAAGACUACAAACAAGAGAACUGAUAAAUAUGGCGGCUCGCUCGAGAACCGAUUCCGGAUCAUUCAAGAAGUUGCUGAUGAGAUCCAUAAAAGAGUCAAGCCAGACUUCAUUGUUGGUAUCAAGAUGAACAGUGUUGAGUUUCAACAAGACGGCUUCACACCUGAAGAUGCUAAGGCUGCUUGUCAAGCACUCGAGGGUGCACGAUUUGAUUACGUUGAACUUUCCGGUGGAACAUACGAGGAAUCUGCUUUUGUUCACAAGCGCGAGUCAACCAAGAAGAGAGAGAAUUUCUUCAUUGAAUUCGCAGAGGAGAUCGUCAAGCCUUUGACUAAAACCAAGACAUAUGUCACCGGUGGAUUUAAGACUGUUGGUGCUAUGGUUUCCGCAUUGGAUACCGUUGAUGGUGUCGGUCUAGGACGACCUGCAGCUCAAGAGUUUAGACUUCCAAAGGAUAUCUUGGAAGGAAGAGUUACUGCUGCUAAGAAGUUGGCUGUGGAUGAUACCAAUUUCAUGAUCAGUAACGUUGCGGCCGGUACCCAGAUGAGUCAAGUUGGAAAGGAUCAGGAACCUAUUGAUUUGAGCAUUGAAAAGAACGUGGAGAUUUUCAUGAAAGAGAUGGCGGCUUGGGGUGCAAGAAUGGCUGCCGACAAAGAGUGUAAGGAGACUGGGUUCAUUGAUUGGACUCAGGAAGCUCAACCAUACGGAGUUUGCUGAGCGAUUAACGAUAUUUGUAUUACUAGGUAGAUAUGUAGGAUAAACAAGAGUCAUAAGACAUAGAUUAGAUAUAUAAAAGAUUUCUGAUACA